UACAGUGCUUUUCUUCACGGACGUGAAGAAGUAAAAGCAUUUAAUCGAAUACUCUACCACUUAUAAAACAACACCGUAGUGGAUUAUAAUAACGUGGAUUAUUUUGUACAACACAGUUUCCGGAUAAUGUUUCUUAUGUUUUUUAAUGAGUGUGGAUUUACUCGAUAAAGGCGUUGGCAAAGUAUUGAUAAUUAAGCAGAUUCUACGGCUAUGUACCGCUUUCUUGGGCGUUAUGUGUAUUCGUGAUAUAAACUGACCCUGCGUCUUACGGAACGAUCCAGUUGCUCUCUAAGGGUUACGAGCGACGCUGACCGGAAAUGCCCGUCAGAAGGGGUCAUGUGGCCCCGCCGAAUAUAUUUAUCGACACGAUCAUCCGCAAGUUUGACGGACAGAAUCGCAAGUUUGUGAUCGCCAAUGCCCAGAUAGAGUCGAGUCCUGUGAUCUUUUGUAACGAUGGUUUCUGUGAGCUGUCAGGGUACUCCCGCGCCGAGGUUAUGCAGAAGGCGUGCCUGUGUGACUUCCUGCACGGACCGCUCACCAGCGCCAUGGCAAUCAUGCAGAUACGUGAUGCACUGCAGGGGUCGGAGGAGAAACAGGUCGAGAUCCUGUACUAUAAGAAGGAGGGUUCAAAGUUCCUCUGCAGUGUACUGGUGGCGCCCGUAAAGAACGAGCAUGGGGAGAUAAUCCUGUUCAUUAUAAACUAUGAGGACAUCACAGACGCCCCAAAUAAAGUCCCAACUCUACCAGAAAUCCGAAAUCUUAGAAACAGUAAUUGAUUUUGGUGUUUUAAUUGUUUGCUUCCUGUUUAUGAAUUGGUUUCAUUAUACAAAAUGGUAUAGUCAG